CCCAGUUUGGUCCCAAUGGCGGCGAGUGGGCCUGGAGGUCCUCUCUACCCCAUUGUUUCAUACCCGUCUGCUCCAGGAAGCAGCCAGUAUGGCACUCUGAGUUCCUCCCAGAGCACCACCCAGAUGGGCGCACCUUUACAUCAGUACGGUGCUGAGCCUCCAGCCUCCUCAGCAUCAGGGCAUUCUGGGUAUGGCAUGGCUCCUCCCAGCCAAGUGGCACCAACAGUGAAUGGUCAAGGAAGCACAGCCCAAAACGCAGUCCAUUCCCACUACAGCCAAACCAAUCAGGCUUCUCUGAGCUACAACUCCUAUGGUGGGGUCACUCAAAGCAGUGGUGGUGCUGAGGCAGACAGACCACCCUCAGGAACCCCUUCCGCUUCAGUCCAUUCCUCACCGGGCCACCAUCAAGGUGGUGACACAUCCUCUUCUUCUACUGGCAGUGCCUCUCCAGUGCCCAACAGCUACGAUUCCCUCGAAGGUGGCAGCUAUCCAGAAUCCAUGCCCCCAUCCAGCAAUGUGACCAACCAGGGUCAGCCCUACGGUAGUUACGGUUACCAUGGCAUGCAGUCGGGUUAUCGGCAGGGACCAGCGUCCCACACUGACGCCUCCCCCUCCCACGACCUGUAUGGCCAGCCAAACUACCAGCAGUACUCACAGCCCUUCCCUAGUCUCUCUGAGCUGUCCGCAGCCCUCGGCGGGCUGAGCGGUGUGCCAGAGCUGGAGGUCGAGGCCCUGAGGCCGAUCAACCUGCUGCAGGAGAGAAACUUGCUGCCCCCCAGACCUUUGGAAGCUCCAGAACCCAACCUCAGCCCCGACCUUAAGAAAGUCAACUGCAGUCCACAGACAUUCAGGUGUACUCUGACCAGCAUUCCCCAGACCCAGGCUUUACUCAACAAAGCCAGACUCCCUCUGGGCCUCCUCCUCCACCCCUUCAGAGAUCUACAGCAGUUACCGGUGAUCACAUCAAACACGAUCGUGCGCUGUCGCUCCUGCCGCACCUACAUCAAUCCGUUCGUCACCUUUCUGGACCAGCGCAGGUGGAAGUGUAACCUGUGUUACCGGGUCAAUGAUGUACCAGAUGAGUUCAUGUACAAUCCAGUCACGAGGUCAUACGGUGAACCACACAAGAGGCCAGAGGUCCAGAAUUCCACCGUGGAGUUCAUCGCCUCCUCAGACUACAUGUUGCGACCUCCUCAGCCGGCGGUCUACCUGUUUGUACUCGACGUGUCUCACAAUGCUGUGGAAGCAGGAUACCUGAAGUACUUCUGUGAAUCACUUCUUGAGAACCUGGAUAAGUUGCCUGGGGACUCGCGUACCAGAGUGGGCUUCCUCACCUUUGAUAGCACCAUCCACUUUUACAAUCUCCAGGAGGGGCUGUCCCAGCCACAGAUGCUGGUGGUGUCAGACAUCGAUGAUGUCUUCAUACCAUCUCAUGACAGCCUGAUGGUGAAUCUAAAGGAGAGCAACGAGCUGGUGAAGGACUUGCUGAAGUCACUGCCGGCCCUGUUCAGCCAGAGCAGAGAGACCCACAGCGCCCUCGGUCCUGCCUUACAGGCCGCUUUCAAGCUCAUGUCACCCACCGGAGGCCGCAUCGCGGUGUUCCAGACUCAGCUGCCGACGCUGGGAGCCGGGAAGCUGCAGUCGAGAGAAGACCCCAAUCAGCGUUCGAGCUCCAAGGGAGCCCACCACCUCGGUCCUGCCACUGACUUCUACAAGAAACUUGCACUGGAUUGCUCAGGACAACAGAUAGGAGUGGAUCUCUUCCUCCUCAGCUCCCAGUACGCCGACCUCGCCUCAUUAGCAUGUAUCUCCAGGUAUUCAGCAGGCAGCGUCUUUUACUAUCCCUCCUUUCAUUACAUCCACAACCCGGCCCAGCUGGAAAAGUUCCAGAGAGACCUCGAGCGCUACCUCACCAGGAAGAUCGGCUUUGAGGCGGUCAUGAGAAUAAGAUGCACUAAAGGUUUAUCCAUCCACACGUUUCACGGUAACUUCUUUGUGCGCUCCACUGACCUGCUGUCCCUGGCCAAUGUGAACCCAGACUCUGCCUUCGCUGUCCAGAUGUCAGUCGAAGACUCUCUGGCAGACUCGUCUCUGGCCUGCUUCCAGGCUGCUCUGCUCUACACGUCGAGUAAAGGAAAGAGACGUAUCAGGGUCCACACUCUGUGUCUGCCGGUGGUCAGUCAGCUGAGUGACGUGUAUGCCGGUGCUGACGUCCAAGCCAUCACUUGCCUGUUAGCCAACAUGGCCAUCGAUCGAUCGAUAUCAUCCAGCCUGUCGGACGCCCGGGACGCGCUGGUGAAUGCGGUGGUGGACUUGGGGAGCGCCUACAAGAGCAACGUCUCCAACCUUCAGCAGUCUGGACUUGUCCUCCCUGCAGCCAUGCGUCUCUUCCCCCUCUACAUCCUUGCUCUCCUUAAACAGAAAGCCCUGCGGAUGGGCACCAGCACGAGGCUGGACGAGCGGGUCUUUGCCAUGUGCGAAUUCAAGACUCAGCCGCUGCAGCAGCUAAUGCGAAUGGUUCAUCCUGACCUCUACCGACUGGACAACAUCUCUGACCAGGGGGCGCUUCAUCUGAACGAUACCAUAGUCCCUCAGCCUCAUCUGCUCCACCUGUCUGCUGAGAGGCUGAGCAGAGAUGGAGCUUUCCUCAUGGACUGUGGCAACGUGUUUUAUCUGUGGAUCGGCAAAUGCUGCAACGAAAUGUUCAUCCGAGAUGUUUUGGGCUGCCCGAACUACGCUUCAAUUCCCCCCAACAUGAGUCACAUUCCGGAGCUGGAGACUCCUCUCUCUGAGAGGGUGCGAGCUUUCCUCGACUGGCUCCACGACAACCGAGCGUUCAGCUCCACGAUACAUGUCGUCAAAGAUGAUGCCUCGGCCAAAGCCACUUUGUUCCAGCACCUGGUGGAGGACCGGUCAGAGGGGGCUUCUUCCUAUCAUGAAUUUCUGCAGCACAUUCAGCAGCAAGUGUCCAAGUAGACUCUCAUCACGCUCAGAAAAACUUUGACCACUAGAUUCCUUAAACAAGAGCAUGAAAGGACUUGUAAUCUGAUAGAGUGAAAACUAGCGUUAGCCAGCAAUGGACACCCAUCGCUGCGUCAGACCAGUUUUAGCGAGGCAGGUUUCCUCCCCUUCUUUUAAACGGUCUCAUUCAAAUCAAAGCUUGUUGGUCACCUGCGGUUAGACCAGCAGAAGGGGAGGGAAGAGGUAGUUUUAGAAAAGAAUAACGAGUUACCGAAAUGAAUGAAUGAACGAAUGAAAUUGCUAAAAAACAAACAUCCUGCAGCGGCUCUUGCCGCCUCUUUAACCACUGUCAAACAUUUUAACCUUCUCGUAAAUCCAUCGCUCCCGAGAGGAGGAGGAGAAAGUCGAGCCAAGAAGAUGCCACUUCAACAUCUUUUAGUUUGUUUUGUGAGCCUAAAAUGUAGCUUGUGCUUUUUCUUUCCUUGUUUUUCCUUUUUUUUUUUUUUUUUAAAUUUCCCGAUACAUUCCCUUCCCUUUGUUUCAUUUCAAGACUGUUUUGAAAACACUGGAGAACAGAAACAAAAAUUGGGCAUGUGCUUUGAACGGCAACACGCAUGCCACCUUUUUGUCUGCUGCUAGUCUGCUGAUGAGCGACGGCUGCCGGGAACGUGAUGGGACACCAGUCGGAUGUUUAAACCUCCCGUCAGCUCAGUCUUCUCUGCUCCGCUUUAUGAACUCCCGAGUUGUUGAGAUCGCGCUCCACAAACUUUCCCCCCGCCGGCAGUCUUCUCUUCAUUUGUUUUAUUUUUUUUCUCCAGGCGCUAACUAAAGUUGCUACCCACUUUGUAACUACUGAAAGAAUCUUUUAUGUGUGAUUAUUUAUGAACCAGCUUAUUAAAUAAAGACAAAAACAGAA